AUGGCGGUACAGGAGCUCGGCGUUAUUCUGCAGGACAAUCCAGGGCUGGAAAAAGUAUAUUCAAAUUCACAUUCCGUUUUGAAGUUCCGGGUUGCAUUUGACGGGUUUGUUGGAAAGGGAUUCAUUAUAUCACGAGGACCCCCAAGGUUUGAGUUCACGGUCUAUUGCGGAUGGCUUCUCCCCAAGCAUGGGAUACAUGGUUUCACGUAUGACUAG